AUGAAUGCGAACAACACUAUUUCCAAAACCAACGGCUACGAUUUACCGGUGUACGGAUUGGACAAUGGACAGUUUUUAAUUAUACACUUACCUGCACUCCUGUGCAUUUUUUUGAGCUUGAUUUGUGCCUUAACAGUACUGAUUCUGUCUUUCAAGAAAAGAAAAAUAAAAUCGUUUUUCACCUGGUCAAAAAGUGAGCGUUUCGUGGUGUACAUGGCCAUUUGUGAUGGCACCUUUAACAUUGCUCACAGUUUUGAUCAUCUGCAUAUUGUAAUUUCCCAGAACCACGUCUAUCCCAGAGAGCUUUGCGAGUUCUACGCUUUUAUGUUAGUCGAGUUCAUAACCGCUCAAAAUUUAAUGGUGAAUAUCGUAGCCAUCAAUGCAUUUGUGUUAAUUUAUUUCAACAAGAAUAUCAACUUUGGAAAAUACGACUGGAAGAUUCUGGUGUGGAUUUUUGGAGCCCCCUUUGUCGGUGUGACCUUUGCCGCCAGUUUUGAGCAACUAGGACCUGCAGGGGCCUUUUGCUUUUUUGACGGCGUGAAGGGUGUCAUUGCCAAUAUAUGCUUCACAACAGUUCCUCUCACUCUCAUAUUGUUCAUGAACACCAUCCUAUACCUACUCACAUGGACUCGCAUCAGAUCCGACACAGAGAGAAUCAAGCACACGAUUGGUCAAAAGUCUGUCACCAUGCGCAUGGCUCAUAAUGCCGCGCGCAACAUGACCUUUUUUGUUGCGGCAUUUUUCGUCCAGUGGUGGGCCUUCGCGAUCUACGGAGUAUGGGCUCUUGUUGAUAACGUGCCGCAAGUUUUGUUUCAAUUAGUCACAAUUUUUAACAACCUCGGAGGUGUAGUUAACCUAGUUGUAUACAUGUUUAUAAGAAAGCACACUGAAGUUAGUCCACAGGUUGCUAACAACGACAGUACAGUAAACACUCCCGCCUAA